AUGAGGAAUAAUUGUCUGCUUCGCAAAGAGGGAAGGGAUGUGCUCUCUCCCCCAGUGGUAAAUACUCUGUAUGGCAAAGUUCUGGGGAAAUACUCUAUCUUGAAAGGAUCUGCACAGCCUGUGGCCAUCUUCCUGGGAGUCCCUUUUGCCAAGCCCCCUCUUGGAUCCCUGAGGUUUGCUCCUCCACAGCCUGCAGAGCCAUGGGACAACGUGAAGAACGCCACCUCUUACCCUCCCAUGUGUUCCCAACUUACAGGAGAAGGGCCAGUGCUCUCUGAGGUCUUUACGAACAGACUGGAAAACAUUCCUCUUGAGUACUCAGAAGACUGUCUUUACUUAAACAUUUACUCUCCUGCUGACCUGAAGAACAGAAGCUGGCUGCCGGUGAUGGUAUGGAUCCAUGGAGGUGGUUUAUUAUCUGGUGGGGCAUCAACAUUUGAUGGAGUGCCACUUUCUGCCCAUGAGAACGUGGUGGUGGUGGUCAUUCAGUAUCGCCUGGGAAUCUGGGGAUUUUUUAGCACUGGGGAUGAACACAGCAGGGGAAACUGGGGGCACUUGGAUCAGGUGGCUGCACUGCGCUGGGUCCAGGACAACAUUGCCAACUUUGGAGGAAACCCAGGCUCUGUGACCAUCUUUGGGGAGUCAGCAGGAGGUGAAAGUGUUUCUGUUCUUGUAUUAUCACCCCUGACCAAGAACCUCUUCCACCGGGCUAUUUCUGAGAGUGGUGUGGCCCUCACUCCAUGUCUGUUCAGGAGGAGCACCCAGCCUGCAGCUCAGCAAGUUGCUAUUAUGGCUGGAUGUGGAGCCACCACAUCAGCUGCCAUGGUUCACUGCCUGCGCCAGAAGACAGCUGAAGAGCUCUUGAUGGUCACACUGGAAAUGAAAUUUUUUACUCUCAAUUUACAUGGAGACCCCAGAGAGAGCUACCCCUUUCUGACCACUGUGAUUGAUGGAGUGGUGCUUCCAAAGGCACCAGAAGAGAUUCUGACUGAGAAGAACUUCAGUACUGUCCCUUACAUCGUGGGAGUCAACAAGCAAGAGUUUGGCUGGUUUAUUCCAACGAUGAUGGGCUUUCCACUCUCUGAAGGCAAACUGGACCAAAAGACAGCCACAUCACUCCUGUGGAAGUCCUAUCCUCUUACAAACAUCCCUAAGGAGCUGACGCCAGUGGCCACUGAAGAGUACUUAGGAGGGACAGAUGAUCCUGUCAAAAAGGGAGAGCUGUUCCUAUCCUUGAUGGGAGAUGUGAUGUUUGCUGUUCCCUCUGUGGUUCUGGCCCGCGGCCACAGAGAUACCGGAGCCCCCACCUACAUGUAUGAAUUUCGGUAUCGUCCAAGCUUCUCAUCAGAUUUGAAACCCAAGACAGUGAUAGCAGACCAUGGGGAUGAAGUCUACUUUGUCUUGGGAAUCCCAUUUUUAAAAGAGCAUGCCUCAGAAGAAGAGAUACACCUCAGCAAGAUGAUGAUGAAAUUCUGGGCCAACUUUGCUUGCAAUGGGAACCCCAAUGGGGAAGGGCUGCCUCACUGGCCAAAGUACGAUCAAAAGGAAGGAUAUCUGCAAAUUGGUGCCAGUAUCCAGGCUGCCCAGAGGCUGAAAGAGAAGGAAGUGACUUUCUGGACAAAACUCAGGGCCAAGGAGGCAGUGGAGAACCUACCCCAAGGAGAACACACUGAAGAAUGAGGAUCAGCCAG